AUGGGGAUCCACACCAUCAUCGCCAAGGUCGCCGUUAGGUACCUAGGGGUCCUGUUUGACAGCAAGCGGACCUUCUGGGCACAGAUAUGGCAGGCGGCCGACAGGGCGGCAGCAACCGCGUCGUUCAUCGCCCCCCUCAUGGCGAACAUCGGAGGCCUAAGGCCGGCGAAGCGGGGGCUGCUCAUGACCUCCGUAGAGUCCGUCCUGCUGUACGGCGCGGAGAUCUGGGCUGGAGUUCUCCGCUUCGAAAAGUACCGCCGCAGACUAGCUGCGGUUCAAAGGAGGUGCGCGCUCCGGGUAGCCUGUUCCUACAGAACUGUCGCGGAGCCAGCUGUGUUGGUGAUAGCUGGAAUGUUGCCCAUAGACCUUCUUGCCGUCGAGCGCAAGCAGGUUUAUGAGGCGAAGAGGAGCGGCCAGGACAGGGUCGACGCGAAGAGGGUGACUUGA